CCCUUGCUGUACCCAAAAAUGACCCCAGGUAUCCUCCUCAUACUUUGAUCUAAGAGGUCUAUACAGGGAGCUGAGGUCCAAGUUUAUCUGUGUUGUGUUUUCCGUUUUGGGGGAGGUGGAGUGAGGAUGUACUGCUGUGUCUGACUCCAGCUCUCCCUGACAUUUAAACUAUGAGAAGCCAGCCAGAUCUCUUGCCUCUCUCUGCGCACUGUGGACUCCGGCUGGCUGUGGAUCCCAAUCGCCUCUCCCCACCCCUCUUCAGUGUGCCCUGUGCAGUCUAUGGUCGGUCAGGUCUGGCGCACAAGUGCGCAUAAACACACCAAGAGCGGAGAAUCGGGUCUGAAGCUCAACGAAGAAUUGGGAUGGUCCCAGUCUGGGUCGCGGAGGAAUCUUCUGAGGAAUAUUUAGCUUCUCUCCUCCCGAGCCGGCGCUGUGCCCGGGGCGCACCGGGAGGAGGGACCAGGAUACUGUGCCUGGGCGCAGAUACUGACACCAAGGGAAUCCGGGUGCCCCCCCCCCCACGCCAUGUGGGCCCCUGGGAACCCGGCUCCGCCACCCUGGUUGUCCGGUGGCCCUGGCCUCAGUCCUGGCCGGGCGGAGAUUCUGCGGACAUUCAGGUCCCAAAUGCAAGCUGCUUCCCUCCCCCCACUCAAUUUAUGGGGCUGUGGCAACCUAAAAGAGGGAUUGGCUUCGCUACUGAAACCUCAGGCCUCUGCCAUCCACCAGCCCCACGCCCCUAGCCUUCCUCGGCAGGUCCCAGUCCCGGCUCCAUCGGUGCUCUCGCCCCAGCCGCAGCUAUGCUGCACACCGAGGGCCACGCUCUUCUUCGGGCUGUGGGUCAGGGUAAGCUACGCUUGGCCCGUUUGCUUCUGGAGGGGGGCGCCUACGUGAAUGAGGGUGAUGCCCAGGGGGAGACUGCGCUAAUGGCGGCCUGUCGGGCCCGUUACGAUGACCCCCAGAACAAGGCGCGUAUGGUACGCUACCUCCUGGAACAAGGCGCGGACCCCAACAUCGCAGACCGCCUAGGGCGCACCGCGCUCAUGCACGCUUGCGCCGGGGGUGGGGGCGCCGCAGUAGCCUCGCUGCUCCUUGCCCACGGCGCAGACCCCUCAGUCCGAGAUCACGCGGGCGCCUCGGCGCUUGUCCACGCCCUGGACCGCGGGGACCGCGAGACCCUGGCCACCCUGCUGGACGCUUGUAAGGCCAAGGGCACAGAGGUCAUCAUCAUCACCACCGACACCUCGCCCUCGGGCACCAAGAAGACCCGGCAGUAUCUCAAUUCCCCACCGUCCCCGGGGGUGGAGGACCCCGCUCCCGCUCCUCCUAGCCCGGGGGUCUGCACGUCACCUUCGGAAAUCCAACUGCAGGCUGCAGGAGGCGGACGGGGAUUGUUAUCCCCUCGAACCCAGGAGGAAGAGGAGAAGCGGGACGUAUUUGAAUUCCCUCUUCCUAAGCCACCCGAUGACCCCUCCCCUUCUGAGCCGCUCCCCAAACCACCCCGUCACCCUCCGAAACCACUAAAAAGGCUCAACUCCGAGCCCUGGGGCCUCGUGGCCCCUCAACCGGCCCCGCCCGCGGAAGGGAGGCCGGGGAUGGAGCGCCUGACCGCCGAAUUCAAUGGCCUGACCCUGACCGGCCGGCCCCGUCUUUCCAGACGUCACAGCACCGAAGGCCCGGAGGAUCCGCCCCCGUGGGCGGAGAAAGUGAUGGGUGGGGGUCCCCUCUCCCGCCGGAACACCGCACCAGAAGCUCAGGAGUCUGGUCUCCCUUCAGGGCUGAGGCAGAAACUGAGCCGCAUGGAGCCGGUGGAGCUCGACACCCCCGGAAAUCUUUGCCCUGACUCGCCGGAGUGCAGCCGCCCAUCCCUGGAACGCCGCCGAUACAGCGCCUCCCCGCUGACCCUCCCUCCCGCCGGCUCGGCUCCCUCCCCGCGCCAGUCCCAGGAGAGUCUGCCUGGGGCUGUAUCUCCGCUCAGUGGGCGGAGGCGAAGUCCUGGGCUGCUGGAGCGGAGGGGCUCAGGGACGUUGCUCCUGGACCAUAUUUCGCAAACGCGGCCAGGUUUCCUGCCCCCGCUCAACGUCAGCCCCCAUCCUCCCAUCCCCGACAUUCGCCCCCAACCCGGAGGUCGGGCGCCUUCGCUGCCCGCCCCUCCCCAGGCGGGGGCGCCAGGCUCUCCCAGGACCAAGAGAAAGUUGGUGAGGCGCCACUCCAUGCAGACUGAGCAGAUCCGCCUGUUAGGGGGCUUCCAGAGUCUAGGCGGGCCAGGGGAGCCAGGGCGCUGAGAGGAGUGAAAGGAGCCAAGGAGGGUGGGGAGUACUUUGAUGGGACAGACGGGAAGAACCAGCUCACACACACACCACGGACAUAAGGGUCUCUUGCAUGUGCUCAUGGGCACGGUGCACGCGCACAUAGGCAAAUGUGUCCACAAGCACAGUUACUCUUAUUUGCAGGGAAGGGUAAGUACUUUUAUUUAUUGGGCAUAUAGACACAUGCAUUCAUGCUCUGGUCACUUCACAUGCAUAUGGGAUUACUUGGGUACCAGCAGACACUGCACACACACAGGGCCACUUGUGCUAGGGCCCCAAAUGGGUCCCAAACUCACUUGUAUUUGUUCGGAAGCAGUAGGGAAUCCCUACUUAUGGAUAGUCUCCAGUCUCUUUGCUCUCCCUACAGAAGCAACCCCUUGCUUUCCAUAUAUGCCCUGCAACACAGCCUGCUCAUGAUUUUGCACACUCCACCCUGUUCUGCAGGUCUUGCGUCUCUCUCCAGACCCUGCUCCUUAGUCACACCCUGUUUCCAACCCUAACCACGGUUCAGGAUAUCUUCACUCUCCUUGGGGGUUUCCAGCAGCAACCCCUAGCCUCAAUUCUGCUGCUGCCCUUCCUGCUGUCAGCUUUACUUCUCAACUUCCUGCUUUUUAUUCCCACCCUGUUUCCCCAACCAAUACAACAGGUCGUCUCAUUUUCCCAGGGGGUGGGUCAUGGGCUCUAAGCUGCUCUUCUGUGUGUCUGAGCUUAUGAACACCCCCGCAGGUAGAAGUGGGGAGUAACCCUUAAUCACUCCUCUCUCCACUUGACAUAUCGAAUAAAUGUGUUCAGAAGUC